AUGGCCGAGGCCCCCCCGCGCCGCCUCGGCCUGGGCCCCCCGCCCGGAGGUGCCCCCCGCGCCGAGCUGGUGGCUCUCACGGCGGUGCAGAGCGAGCAGGGCGAGGCGGGCGGGGGCGGCUCCCCGCGCCGCCUCGGCCUCCUGGGCAGCCCCCUGCCGCCGGGCGCGCCCCUCCCUGGGCCGGGCUCCGGCUCGGGCUCCGCCUGCGGCCAGCGCUCCUCGGCGGCGCACAAGCGCUACCGCCGCCUGCAGAACUGGGUCUACAACGUGCUGGAGCGGCCCCGUGGCUGGGCCUUCGUCUACCACGUCUUCAUAUUCCUGCUGGUCUUCAGCUGCCUGGUGCUGUCUGUGCUGUCCACUAUCCAGGAGCACCAGGAAAUUGCCAAUGAGUGUCUCCUCAUCUUGGAAUUCGUGAUGAUCGUGGUGUUUGGCCUGGAGUACAUCAUCCGCGUCUGGUCCGCUGGAUGCUGCUGUCGCUACCGAGGAUGGCAGGGCCGCUUCCGCUUUGCCAGAAAACCCUUCUGUGUCAUCGACUUCAUCGUGUUCGUGGCCUCGGUGGCGGUCAUCGCCGCGGGCACACAGGGCAACAUCUUUGCCACGUCCGCGUUGCGCAGCAUGCGCUUCCUGCAGAUCCUGCGCAUGGUGCGCAUGGACCGCCGCGGCGGCACCUGGAAGCUGCUGGGCUCGGUGGUCUACGCGCACAGCAAGGAGCUGAUCACCGCCUGGUACAUCGGGUUCCUAGUGCUGAUCUUUGCCUCCUUCCUGGUCUAUCUGGCCGAGAAGGACGCCAACUCUGACUUCUCCUCCUACGCCGACUCGCUCUGGUGGGGGACGAUUACACUGACGACCAUCGGCUAUGGUGACAAGACGCCGCACACCUGGCUGGGCAGGGUCCUGGCUGCUGGCUUCGCCUUACUGGGCAUCUCCUUCUUUGCCCUGCCUGCCGGUAUCCUAGGCUCUGGCUUCGCCCUGAAGGUCCAGGAGCAGCACCGGCAGAAGCACUUUGAGAAGCGGAGGAUGCCAGCGGCCAACCUCAUACAGGCUGCAUGGCGCCUAUACUCCACUGAUACAAGCCGAUCCUACCUGACAGCCACCUGGUACUACUACGACAGUAUUCUCCCAUCCUUCAGAGAACUGGCCCUCUUGUUUGAGCAUGUGCAACGGGCCCGCAACGGGGGCCUACGGCCCCUGGAGGUGCGGCGGGCGCCAGUCCCUGAUGGAACGCCCUCCCGUUACCCGCCCGUUGCCACCUGCCACCGGCCAGGCAGCGCCUCCUUCUGCCCUGGGGAAAGCAGCCGGAUGGGCAUCAAAGACCGCAUCCGCAUGGGCAGCUCCCAGCGGCGGACAGGUCCUUCCAAGCAGCACCUGGCACCUCCGCCCAUGCCCACCUCCCCAAGCAGCGAGCAGCUGGGGGAGGCCACCAGUCCCACCAAGGUACAGAAGAGCUGGAGCUUCAAUGACCGUACCCGCUUCCGGGCCUCUCUGAGACUCAAACCCCGCACCUCUGCUGAGGAGGGCCCCUCAGAGGAAGUGGCAGAGGAGAAGAGCUACCAAUGUGAGCUCACAGUGGACGAUGUCAUGCCUGCUGUGAAGACGGUCAUCCGCUCCGUCAGGAUUCUGAAGUUCCUGGUGGCCAAAAGGAAAUUCAAGGAGACGCUGCGACCUUACGACGUGAAGGACGUCAUCGAGCAGUACUCGGCAGGGCACCUGGACAUGCUGGGACGGAUCAAGAGCCUACAGACUCGGGUGGACCAGAUUGUAGGUCGGGGGCCCGGGGACCGGAAGGCUCGGGAGAAGGGCGACAAGGGGCCCUCCGACACGGAGGCCGUGGAUGAAAUCAGUAUGAUGGGACGCGUGGUCAAGGUGGAGAAGCAAGUGCAGUCCAUCGAGCACAAGCUGGACCUGCUGUUGGGCUUCUAUUCGCGCUGCCUGCGCGCCGGCACCUCGGCCAGCCUGGGCACCGUGCCAGUGCCGCUCUUCGACCCCGACAUCACCUCCGACUACCACAGCCCUGUGGACCACGAGGACAUCUCCGUCUCCGCACAGACGCUCAGCAUCUCCCGCUCGGUCAGCACCAACAUGGACUGA